AGACGCAACAAUCACAACCUGAAUCACUGAGACGUGACAUCCUUCAAAGAUUGUAUGAUCAACUCUCAAGUAUCUUGGCAAGACAACCCGUUGAUGUGGAAGGACUUCAGUUUGUCUGCCACCAUUAUUCAGUUUUAUUAAGUGCUCUUGGUAACAUUAUUGAUGUAGGAGAGGAUAUACUUUCAGCUCUGUCAGAUCUUUAUACUAUUAUCCAGCAAGAAAAAGAUAAUCAAAGGACAUUUAUCACUGUUAACUUGGAAAGUGGUUCUUGUGGCCGUCCACGAUUGGCGGUGUCACGAGAGACUAUAGAACAUCUUGUGGAGAUGGGUCUACCAACAAGUUUUAUUACCAAACUCCUUGGUGUGUCUAGAGCAACCCUUUUUAGACGGAUGUCUGAAUAUAACAUUUCCGUAUCUGCCACAUACAGUAAAUGCAGUGAUGAGGAAUUGGAUUCCUUGAUCACAGCAAUUAAGAGCAGUAUGCCAGAUGCUGGGUACAGGGUAGUCCGAGGUGCUCUACUUGUUAAAGGCCACAGAGUACAGUGGGAUCGACUGUAUGCAUCCAUGCAUCGUGUGGACAGUGGCGGUGUGCUCGCCAGGAUGACGCGUCUCGGAUGUGUGGUGAGGAGGACGUACACGGUUCCUUACCCGAAAUACAUGGUGCACAUUGACACCAAUCACAAGCUUAUUAGGUACAACAUUAUUAUCUUUGGGGGAAUAGAUGGCUACUCAAGGAAGAUCAUGUACCUGAAGGUAGCAGACAACAACCGCGCAGACACCCACUUGGCCUUCUUCAGUGAAGCUGUGAAUGAGCAUGGCUUUCCUCUGAGGGUGAGAGGAGAUCAUGGGGGAGAAAAUGUUGGCGUAGCAGAAUUAAUGUUCUCAGUCCGUGGAACUGACACCAACAGCUUCAUUGCGGGUAAAGGCGUACACAAUCAACGGAUUGAACGCCUCUGGCGUGAUGUCUUCAUGUGUGUUUCCGGCUUGUAUUACAACAUCCUGCAUUCUCUGGAGGACCAAGACUUGCUCGACAUUGCCAACAUCCAUCACCUAUUCUGCUGCCACUACCUGUUUCUGCCACAGAUCCAAGCCAGCCUGGAUGUUUUUAGUAAGGCGUGGGACAACCAUCCAAUCAGGACAGAGCAAAACCUGACACCAAAUCAGCUCUGGCAGCUAGGCCUGGCCCAAAAUCCUGUCUCUGAUCCAGAGGGUAUACUGAUACCAGAGACUGAAUGGGAGGAGAGUGGAUACGUGACAGAACCUCAUCCUGGGAUCAAUGUCCCUGUACUAGACAGCCCUCUUUCAGAUCCCCAACUGUUGGAACUGCAAGACAACAUCAAUCCAUUACAACAUUCAGACUGUUUUGGAGUGGACAUAUAUCUUCACACUGUCCAGUAUGUUGAAAACUUACUUGGGGCAAAUUAAUUACAUUACAUGAGGAAGGGAGGAAGUAUGAGAGGAAAGAAGAACAGUUGAAAUAGAUGGUCAGUUUAAAUGUUAAUGUACUGCUGUAUUGUUGUUCAGGGAACUUGUCAUUGUAAAGUGCAAUGGUGUUUUAGGACAGACUUAAAAACAAAUGCAUUUAUUAAACAAUUGCAAAGUUUUUCCUCUAAAUACUUUGUGACAGAGCCCUACUUGAUUUUAGACCAUGGCUAGAUUGAAAAGGCUGUUGACAAUUUAGUUUAAAGAAAAGCUCUACAAAAUGUGAAUGGUCCCUUUUCAUCAUUGUGUCUCUGAAGUAUAAUUUUAUCUGCUCAUUUGUCAUUGCUUAGUGAAAUGGUAUAGGGGUACUGUGCUGUCACCGUGUGAAAUUCAAUUUUUUUCCUUGUACUUUGAAAAAAUAAAGAAUUUGGAAAGAA